CUGGUCAUUUUCACCGUUAACCGGCCACAGCCGCCCAGCUUCUUGCUCUGUAGGCAGCCCAUAGGCGCAUUCUCGCAGGCUGCCUUCACAAAUCAGACAAGGUUGUGCAUUGAAAUUGCAAAGCUGAAGGCGCUCGGGUGAAGUGGUUCAAAAUGGCUGACUCCGUUUAUGGGAAUGGGUCUCUGAGCUCCGGGCAUCAGCCGCACCAUGCCUGGCAGCAGGUGACGGACAAGAAGGCAAAGCGGAGGCAGGAGGCUAAGGAGAAGAAGAGUGCGUCUAGCACGGCGAAUGGAUCGAGCACGGCAGUCGACUCAAACCAGGGGGUUUUUGCAGCUCUUGAUGCGCUUGAGGGCCGGCAAGCUGCAACUAGGUAUGAGGACGAUGAAGAGGACAGGGCUAGGCACACAGAUGACAGCGACGAGGAGGAGCUGAGGAAACCUGCCAAUGGAAUCAGCGCAGAGGAGAAGAAGCCAAAGCAGAAGAAGGAUAAGAAGCCGCGCGUGACGGUUGCUGAGGCUGCCUCCAAGAUCGAUCCUGAUGAUCUGCUCCAAUUCCUGGAGGGUGUAUCGGACUCUUUUGCCAGCAACUUGGAGAUUCAGCUGAUGCGCUGCGCAGACUACUUUGCGCGUGCCUUCUCCUCAGUCACGACAGCAUCCUUCCAGUGGCACAAUAUUUUGAAGGAAAACUCGCUCGUGAAGGCUUCAGAGAUCCCCCUGUCCUAUGUGCCGGAGCCAGUUGUGAAGGUCACUGGAGAUUGGCUGGCAAAGCGCCCGGUGUCUGCUCUGUCCAAGUUUGCUGUUCUGCUUCUGAAGAUUGUGUUGGAAGAGGAUGGUGCGUCAAGCAAGGGUGGGAAGCAGGCUGCGGUGGCCGCAACUGGCAAAACACAGGUCGGCAUUCUGAUCGUCCUGGCAAUUCUCUUGAGAAGAAGACCGGAGUCAUUGCACCAGAACUUCGACACUCUGAACGUCGGCCAGCUGACAAAAGUGCCGGAGCAAUUUGCCACCCUGCAGUGGACUCUGGCACAGAUUGCGCACGGCGACCUUGCUGCAGCCCUAUGGCUCUGGGCGCGGCAUCUGCUGCCGCUCGCAGUCGCCAAGAACGCGUCUCCGGCCACGAGGGACACCGUCUUGCAAUUCGUCGAGAAUGUCAUUCUGGCCAACCCCAAGAAGGGCAAGUCCGUGCUGAUGAACGCUGCGGGCAGGAAGGGGCAGGACCGCCUGGUGCCGCCUGCCGCUUUGGACCAGGUCACACGGGCCGCGUUCCCCGUCGAAGCAGCUCGAACGAAGGCAACGAGCCGGUUUGAAGCGAUCCACCCGCUGAUCAAGGAGCUUGCAUUAACGGGGGCCAGCAAGUCGAUGAAGCCGGUCGCGGCCGCGCUGCUUCCGCUCAGCGUGGCAGAAGCGUCAGCAGACGAUAACCCGCGCCUUUCACGCGAGGCGGGCGACCUGUUUGUGUGGAGCCUGUCCCAGAACGUGGAGUGCUUCAAGCAGUGGGAGAAGCUGCACCUGCCGCACAUCCAAGCCAGCUCCCGCCUGCUGGCCCACAUCCUCCACCAGUGGCCACGUUUCCAGUCCCAGCUCCCGGCGCUCGAGCUUUCGAAGACGCUCAAAGUCCUGCACGAAAAGCACAAAGCUGUGCUUGACGGCAACUUCUCGGGGACCGUUGCCACCACCGAAUCGGAACAGACGGACGUGCUGACGGCCACUCGGGCUGCGGAGGCGCAUGUGCGGGCGCUGGGCCGGAAGCUCGCACGCUUCCCGACGUGCUUCACUUUCGUGGCCUUGACCGUGGUCACCGUGGGGGUUCUUUUGGCUUACCUUCCCAUCGUGGAGACAGUUGACAAGUUAGACAUGGACAGCUUGAGGGCGGAGUUUGAGAAAAUCAAGUUCUUCAACUAGCUUUUCAUCUUACAUCGUGACAGUGCACAGCACAACGAGAUUCAAGAGAGAGGAAGCCGGACUCUGUACGAGCCAUGUUUUCUGGGCUAUCGGUAGAGUUUCAAACUGGGGAGAGAUACUAGGCUUGCAUCUAGAUGCUCAGAAAAACGUCAUAGCCAAUUGAACUGACGCCUUUCUGGCCUGAUGUGUGUGCCGUAAUCACGCUGCUGACUCAAGAUGUGUGUAAGUUGGCUUGGUCGGAUCGACUUUGUGCAUCUGUGUUUCUACUGGUGGGCUUGGACCGGAUAUAAAGGAACGGACCCAGAUCCAUUGCACACAAAAAGUG